AUGGAGGAUGCAGGGCAGGACGACGAUAGAGAAGACUUGGAUGACGAAUCGGGAGAUUCAGGCGAGGAUGAAGAAGGCUUGGAAAGCAGAAGAGAAGCAGACAAAGGCGGCGUCGACAGUAGCGGUAACAACAACAGGGGACGUGUGGGGCGAGAUCAAAGAGCUGACGACCCCUCCCAGAGCGACAGCAGCCAACAAGACUCUGCCAGCGGUAGUGCUGAGGGCGCGGCGUCCCAGGCAGGAAGCAGCACUGCCGGCAGCAACCCGCGUCGGAUCCGCAUCCGGGAAAGCAAGAACCACGAGUGCGAGGUGUGCGGCAAGCGGUUUUCUCGUCCAAGUCAACUUAAUACUCAUUCUUUUACGCAUUCUGGAGAGAAACCACACCAGUGCCCAAUGUGCCAGAAAUACUUCAACGUCGCUAGCAACUUGAAGCGACACAUCCGGACCCAUACGAACACGAAGCGAAAG